AUGGCUCGAGAGAUUGGAGAAGUUGAACAUAUUGGCUUUUCGUGGAUUGUUCUUGGUCUACGAGAGAGACUAGAACUGAGGAAGAGGGCAAAUAUCCCCGGUUUCGUUUGCCAUGACGGCAUACCUCCAGUAUCAAUCAUCAAAGACACUGCUUCUCCCAAUGACGUAGCUUUUGAGAUGGGAUGCAGACCAAUAGAAAGAUGCUUCAGUAUAGCAGAGGAUCAUAUCUUCCAGGUGGACCUUGCCUUCAAUAUAUUCUUUCUCCUGUACUUUAUUCUGAGGUUUGUAGCUGCUCAGGACAAAUUCUGGUUCUGGCUUUCACUGAAUUCUGUUGUAGAUUUCUUCACCAUUCCUCCAAUAUUUGUAUCCAUCUAUAUGUCCAGAACAUGGCUUGGCCUAAGGUUCUUAAGGGCAUUGCGUCUCAUGCAGCUGUCAGAGAUUCUCCAGUUCUUGAGUAUUCUCAGAACCAGCAACUCCAUCAAGCUCCUCAACCUGGUCACACACUUAUUAACAUUAUGGCUGGGAUUUGCAGGCAUCAUACACCUGGUCGAGAAUUCGGGUGACCCAUGGAUGCAAUUUGCCAACAAGCAACCCCUCUCCUAUUGGACGUGUAUUUACUUCCUGGUCGUCACCAUGUCUACGGUCGGCUAUGGAGAUGUGUAUGCAAAAACAGUUCUUGGAAGGAUCUUUGCUACUACCUUCAUCUUCGGUGGCUUGGCCAUGUUUGCAACAGUGGUUCCAGAAAUCUAUGAAAUUGUAAGCCAGAGAGGGAAAUACAGUGGAUCAUUACAAUCAGAGAAGGGCAAAAAGUAAGUCCAUUUACAACAAUUAG